UGUAGCAACUUUGGAGCGAAGGAUAAGAUGGUUGCAAGCACUAGCAAGAAAAAUACAAGACAUGGAAGAGAUGACAACGUAAGGAAUUCUUCAAUAAUUGACAUCAAUGAUACUCCUACAUUAGAUGAUGUGGAUGAAAGAGAGAACACUGUCAAUGACGAGGAAGAAUUAGCCAGUGAAGAUGCUGAUGGCGAUCAACCACAAAUAAGUGAAUCAAGUACAAAAGGGAAAAAAACUAAGAAACAAAAAGGUGCCACAUCUGUACAGCGGCUUGAAGAUUCCAUGAUGGCUUAUGUGAAUUUCAAGAAAGAUCAAGCUUCCAAGAAGGAAAAAGUGUCACAGCAAGGAAAACAACCCUCAAUUACAGAAUGCUUGCAGGUCUUGAAUGACAUGGAUGAUGUUCCCGACGAGGUCAAAAUCUUUGCCUCUGAUGUUUUCAAGGAUGCAGCAAAUCGUGAGAUUUUCCUGGGUUACAACUCAAGAUUGCGGGGUAUGUGGCUAAAGAAGGAAGUCGACAAGAUUAGUCCUCAGCCUCCUCCUUCUCGGCUUUCAUUUGGUGCUAUUCCUUCAAUCAAUCUGGUGCUCUGAUCAAAGGUCGCCCUUUCGCAUGAUUCUGUGGUUACCCGAGUCCAUGAAGCAGUCAUAAUCUUUCAGAAAUAUUUUAUGUCUAGACGCACACCGAUUCAACAAUUGCCGAGUCCUAACUUUGGUUAUGUACCAUGCCAACGAGACAAGACAAGUAUGCCUCAAUAGAAUUGUAAUUUAAAUUGCUGACUUUGAGCACUAUGAGUUAUCGGAACUAUUUUCAAAUGGAAGAUUGCAAAAAUAUGAUUUUUUUUUACUGAUGUUGUGCUAUUGUAAUAUAAAUGAAAAUUUUAGCUCAUUUUAUACUUGUCCAAUUUGUGUCGAAGUGCAGUUGUAUUGGAAAUUGCUUGUGUAGUCUGUGCU